GAAAUUAUAGUUAUUAUUACCGUGAGGAACAAUAUUUUCGCUUUAAAAAUAUUCGAAUACAUCAUCGCACCACCCAUUAAUUCUCUCUCCUCUCUUUCCAAACAUUUUUCAUUUUCUCCCCAAUUUUCGAAAGUUCAAACUUUCAAAAUCUCCUCAAACCCUAAAUUCUAUACAAAUCCUGUCAUGAACAUAUAGAUAAAACUCUCAUAUACUGCUGUUAAUUCACUCGAUCCCCUCCCAUUCGAGUGGAUCUGCGGUAAUUGGUGGCUCGAUCCAGUGGUUUAGCUACAAGCAAAUCGUACUUGAUUUUGUUAUUUCGAUUGGAUUUUGGGGAGACUAGAGGAGAUUGAUAGGAAUCCAUGGAGGCCAUUGAGGAAUUAUUGCAGCUCUCAGAUUCGAUGCGGCAGGCGUCGGCGCUGCUGGCGGAUGAAGAUGUGGACGAGACGGCGGCGUCCUCUGCUGCCUCCAAGCGGACAUCCACUUUCCUCAAUGUUGUUGCUCUCGGGAACACUAUCUCUGGGGUUGGGGUUAGCUGGUGUUUGGAUCUGGGAUUUUUCAUUCAGUUUGAAAUUGCAGCUGAGGGUGCAGGAAAGUCUGCAGUGCUGAAUAGUCUAAUUGGACAUCCUGCAUUGCCAACUGGGGAAGGUGGUGCAACCCGGGCUCCAAUUUGUAUUGACUUAGCAAGGGAUAGUUCGCUUAGUACCAAAUCCAUUAUUCUGCAGAUUGAUAGUAAAUCUCAGCCAGUAUCUGCAAGUGCUCUUCGACAUUCAUUACAAGAUAGGUUGAGCAAAAUAUCUGGGAAAAGUCGUGAUGAGAUAUAUUUGAAGCUUCGUACGAGUACAGAUAAGAGCAACCUUGACGAUUCCUUGAGUCAGUAUGCUGAACGUAGUGAUGCAAUAUUGCUCGUUGUAAUACCUGCCGCUCAAGCUCCAGAGGUAGCUUCAGCCAAAGCCAUCAGAAUCGCCAGGGAACUUGAUGGAGAAAGUACAAGAACUGUUGGAGUAAUUAGCAAGAUAGAUCAAGCAUCUUCAGAACCGAAAGUCCUUGCUGCUGUGCAAGCUCUUUUGUUAAAUCAAGGACCUAGAAGUACAUCCGACAUCCCAUGGGUUGCUUUGAUUGGCCAGUCUGUCUCUAUAGCUUCUGCUCAAUCAGGGAGUGUUGGAGCUGAUAAUUCCUUGGAAACUGCGUGGCGGGCAGAGAGUGAGAGUUUAAAAUCUAUACUAACGGGAGCCCCUCAAAGCAAACUUGGGAGAUUAGCCUUGGUUGAAACCCUUGCUCAACAGAUUAGAAAUCGCAUGAAAAUUAGGCUGCCAAAUCUCCUUUCAGGGCUUCAGGGAAAGUCCCAGGUAGUGCAGGAUGAACUUUUCAGACUUGGUGAACAGAUGGUUCAGAGUUCUGAGGGUACCAGAGCUUUAGCCUUGGAACUUUGCCGUGAAUUUGAGGACAAGUUCCUCCAACAUAUCACAACAGGAGAGGGAGGUGGGUGGAAAGUGGUUGCUAGUUUUGAAGGCAAUUUCCCCAAUAGGAUCAAGCAACUUCCUUUAGAUAGGCACUUUGACAUCAGUAAUGUUAAAAGGAUUGUGCUUGAAGCAGACGGCUAUCAACCUUAUCUUAUCUCUCCUGAAAAAGGGUUGAGAUCAUUAAUUAAGGGUGUUUUGGAGCUUGCAAAAGAACCUUCACGUCUCUGUGUGGAUGAGGUGCAUCGGGUUCUUGUCGAUAUUGUCUCAGCUGCUGCCAAUGCCACGGCAGGCCUUGGAAGAUACCCUCCUUUUAAGAGAGAGGUUGUGGCAAUUGCUAUAGCUGCUUUGGAGGGCUUCAAGAAUGAAGCUAAAAACAUGGUAGUUGCACUCGUUGACAUGGAACGUGCAUUUGUUCCUCCACAACAUUUUAUACGUUUAGUGCAAAGGAGGAUGGAUAGACAACGGCGUGAAGAAGAGUUGAAGGGUCGAUCUUCCAAGAAGGCGCUUGAUGCAGAGCAGUCCAUAUUAAACAGGGCAACUAGUCCUCAAACAGGAGGACAACAAAGUGGAGGGAGCUUAAAAUCGUUGAAGGACAACAAAUCCAAUCCACAUGACAAAGAUAAAGAUGCGCAAGAAGGAUCUGGACUUAAGAUUGCUGGACCAGAUGGAGAAAUAACAGCAGGCUUUUUGUUAAAGAAAAGCACAAAAAAUAAUGGUUGGAGUAAAAGAUGGUUUGUGUUAAAUGAGAAAACUGGAAAGCUUGGUUAUACGAAGAAACAAGAAGAAAGGCAUUUUCGUGGUGUCAUCACUCUAGAGGAAUGUAAUUUGGAAGAAGUUUCGGAAGAAGAAGAAGAAGCUCCUCCAAAGAGUUCUAAAGGUAAAAAGGCUAAUGGUCCUGAUGCAGCAAAAGCACCUAGUCUUGUUUUCAAGUUAACAAGCAGGGUUCAGUAUAAGACUGUCCUGAAAGCCCAUAGUGCUGUUCUUUUGAAGGCUGAGAGUAUGGCAGACAAGACAGAGUGGCUCAAUAAAUUAAGAAAUGUCAUCAGUGCCAAAGGAGGUCAAGUGAAGAGCGAGUCUGGCCCUCCAAUACGGCAAAGUCAUUCUGAUGGUUCUCUUGAAACAAUGACCAGAAGACCUGUGGAUCCAGAAGAAGAACUUAGAUGGAUGGCUCAGGAAGUGCGUGGUUAUGUUGAAGCUGUUCUUAACAGUCUUGCUGCCAAUGUCCCAAAGGCAGUUGUCUUAUGCCAAGUUGAGAAGGCGAAAGAAGACAUGCUCAAUAAGUUGUACAGUUCUGUCAGUGCACAAAGCAUGGCAAAGAUAGAAGAGCUCCUUCAGGAGGACCAGAAUGUGAAGCGGAGGAGAGAACGUUACCAAAAACAGUCCUCCCUUCUUUCCAAGCUGACAAGACAACUCAGCAUCCAUGACAAUCGAGCCGCUGCAGCUUCCAGCUACUCCAAUGGUGUUGGAGCAGAAAAUAGUCCAACCGCUAUGGGUCCAUCGUCUGGGGACGAUUGGAGAUCUGCUUUCGAUGCUGCUGCAAAUGGGCGAUCAGAUUCGUUUGGGGACUCGAGAUCCAACGGUCACAGUCGCAGGAACAGUGACCCUUCCCAGAAUGGUGAUGUCAGCUAUGGGUCGAACUCGGGCAGUCGCCGCACGCCUAACCGUUUGCCGCCUGCCCCACCAUCUUCAGGUUCUGGCUAUAGAUUUUAGAAUUAGUAGAUUGGAUUUUUAUUUUGACGAUUGAUUCUUGAAAUUCUUGUCGGGUUGUUGAAGAAAAAAAAAGACGUUUUUUUUUUUCUCGAGCUUUGAUCGAGCUCAGGUGUCUUGUUAUAGUAGAGAGACUAAUGGAUUGAUAUACGCAUCUUUUUUGUAUAUAUAAUUGUCAUAUUAUUAAUGUUGUCAUUUUGUGUCUCGAAUUGUUGAACAUUUUUUGUUGUGUAUUUGGCGGAGCUAUAUAAGAAUUUUUUUCAAUCGAACUGUUUUGUUUGGGUAUUUUUUGUUGGACGCAAAAGGUGUAUUUUGUAUCUCUUCAAAAGAACUCCGAUUUACCUUCAUUU